AUGUCGAAUAUCGUGCUCAAUAAGGAUUUCUUCUACCGACGAAUAAAACGCCUCUAUGCCAGCUGGAAGGAACCAGUGUUUUCCCAUGAUGAUUCGCUGCAGAAGACCUGGCUGCUGGGAUACGAGCUGAUCGAUACGAUUACGGUGCUGUGCGAAAAGUCAAUCUUUUUCCUGACCAGCAAGAAGAAGGUUGAUUUCCUGAAGCUGAUCGAGAGAGACGGUGAGGAGGGCAUUCCGUCGGUGAAGCUGUUGGUUCGGGAAAAGAACGACAACGACAAGGUCAAUUUUGGAAAGCUGUGGGAGGCGAUUAAGGCAUCCAAUGAUGGCAAAACGUUGGGUGUCUUCUCCAAGAACAACUUCCCGGGUGAAUUCUGUGUAUCGUGGCGAGCCUUCAGCAAGGACAAGAGCUUCGACACGGUGGGCAUCAGCGUUCCGAUUGCUCAGAAGCACUACACCUUACUGCUCAAUCUAGAAGAGCUACUGCUGAAGGUGAUGAUUCCGGGCAAGAAGCUCUCGGAGGUUUUCGACGUCGGAAUGGUUUAUGCCAAGAAGAAGGAUCUCAAUCUAAGACGUUCGAUUUUACCAGCGGGUUCUAGUUCCGGGAGAAUUCGAUCGUAG